AAAAAAUGGCGCCUGCUAUGGAGGGAUUGACUGACCAACAGAAAGAAAUUUACGAAAAAAUAACAAAAAAUGAAGUGGAUGAACUUAAAACAUUAUUGUCAACGUGUGAAACAAAAUUGGAUUUUGUCGAUAAAAAUGGAAUGAGCCUAUUGCAACAUGCAUGUUACAAGGGAAAUAAGGAAAUUGCCCAAAUGCUCUUGGAUCAAGGCGUCGAUGUGAAUUCGUGUCAACACGAGCACGAAUACACGGCACUGCAUUUUGCGGCGUUGAGUGGAAAUUCGGACUUGUGUCAUUUGCUGUUGUCGCAUGGAGCGCGAAUAUCGUCGACAAAUAGCGUUGGACGCACGGCAGCGCAAAUGGCAGCUUUCGUUGGCAAUCACAAUUGCGUCUCGACAAUUAAUAAUUUCAUUCCAAAGGCGGACAUUGAUUACUACAUUAAGCCACAGGGCUUGCAAACUGAACCACUAUUGCCGCCACAUCUUGCCGAUUCAUUUCAUAAAUUUAUCAUGCAAAUAAAUGUACAUCCCGUACGUGUUGCGAUGAAUCUUCAACGGUGUCCUGGCCUCCUGGAGAAUUUGGAGAAGAUUCAAAAAGUCCUGGAAGUAAUGAGACAUCGUGAAAUGACACGCGGCGCCGAGACCAAUGAAGUGAUUGCCUUCAAAUAUCAUUAUUUGAGUUUCGUCGUGGCUGAAGUGAUAAAAUGUCAAAAUCGCCAGAAAGCAAUGAAGGCCCAAUCGGACAAGUGCAAUGAAGAUGGCGGCGGCGGUGGUGGCAGCGCUGAGGAGAAGAAAUCCGAUCCCGUCGAAGCUCUCGUUCGUCGUUUUCUCAAGUGCAAUAAAACCGAUGGAAUACCCGAAUAUCAAGAGGCAUUUUUACGCGAGGCCGUGAGGGAAUUCCCCUUCAGGGAGAGUACAAUAUUUCAUCAAAUGGUCGCAACAUUGGCGGGCAGUGAUCCACCGACUGCCGCGUCCGUUGUGUCGGCGGCAAUUAAUGGACAACGUGGUUUUAUUGAUAAUUCACAAAUUUGCGUCACGUGCGGCGAGGAGAAGGUGACGAAAAAAUGCAGUAAAUGCAAAGCCGUGCAAUAUUGCGAUCGUGAAUGUCAACGAUUGCAUUGGUUUAUGCAUAAAAAAGCGUGCGCACGUCUUGAGACGACGACGACAACAACAACAAAUUCGGGUACAAAAUUAAGUCAAGAGAAUAAGGAACAAAUUGCAAAUGCCAAAAGAGGAGAAGAAGAGAGUGAAAUGGAGAAGUUGAAUAAUUCGCCCUUGAUAUUGUUGGUGUUUAUUUUGUUGAUAUGCGGCGAUAAUGAGGUGCUUUGCAGGCCCCCCAGGGGGCCCAUUGAGGAAGCGAUACAAAGUGGCGCCGCGGCAAAUUACAGUGAGGACAAGUGCACCUGGAGGAGGGGCAAUGACAAGGAUUCGUGUCCCGAUCCCGAUGUGCAUCUCUAUCUUUAUUCGGAAAUCGGCAAGCCAAAGGAGAAACUCGAGGAGUCAAGGAAAUCAGAUUGGCUUCGCGGCGGCUACGAUGCCGCCAAGGAAAAUAUUAUUUUAAUUCACGGCUAUGCUGGGACGGAGGACUCGGUGCCGAUGAUGAUAUUGAGGGAGGCCUACCUGCGUAAUGGAAGUUAUAAUGUGUUUUCCAUCGACUGGGGGUCACUUUGUGCGCCACCGUGUUACCCGGCGGCGGUGGCGAACCUGCGGCCCGUGGCGCGUUGCCUGGCCGGAAGUCUCACGACCUUGAGGAAUCUUGGCCUGCCAAUAUCGAGGACGACGUGCGUUGGUCACUCGCUGGGAGCACAUCUCUGCGGAAUAAUGGCUAAUUAUUUACUCUUUCGAAUGAAUCGCAUUAUUGGCCUUGAUCCCGCGCGUCCUCUCAUUAGAUCCAGUCUCACCAAUCGCCUCGACAGUGGCGAUGCCGAUUUUGUUCAAGUUAUUCACACUAAUGCUGGAUAUUACGGUGACAAGGGAAGAAUGGGCCACGUGGACUUCUGCGUGAACGGCGGGAAAGUGCAGCCAUUCUGUGAGAACCAGACGAAUUUCCAAUUGUGCAGCCACGUGUGGGUUGUGUGCUUCAUGGCGCAGAGCGUCGAUAAUGGCGGCAGGGAAAUGCUGGCCGAGCCGUGCUCGCGGCGCUGUCCCUCGGGGCCGAGGAUUAGCCAGAGAGCCGGCGAGUAUCUAAUCAUGGGUCAGCACACGCCCACCGGCUCCAAGGGCUCCUUCUGUCUCCAGAGCUCUAAUCCGCCCUAUUGCCCGAAAUACGCCAAUGGCCACGGUGACCAAAAAUGUUGCGUCUAAUCU